AUGCCGCCUCACAACGGCCUCGUGCACCCCGACCAAUACGACUGGCGCGACUCCAACGUCGCGCUGAUAAACUCCGACAUCGACCACAAAGUGAAAUACCAAUCCGCCGCCACAGAACCCGCGUGGAACAACGGCGUCGUCGGCGCCGAACCAGGCCUGUUCGUCUGGCGCAUUGAAGACUUUGAAGUCGUGCCGUGGCCGAGAGGGAAAUACGGGAGUUUCCACGAGGGAGACUCGUAUAUUGUUUUGCUGAGUAAGAGCUUUGAUGGACAAGGAAGAGAGGGGGCCGAGGAGAAGAAGUUGAUUCAUGACAUUUUCUUCUGGCUCGGGGCGCACACGACGCAGGAUGAAGCCGGGACCGCAGCGUACAAGACGGUCGAACUAGAUGAAUUUCUCCACGGCGCGGCGACACAGCAUCGUGAGCUGCAGACCGCUCCUUCCGAUGCUUUUGCGCGCGUCUUCCCGCGCCUCAAGAUCCUGCGCGGCGGUGUCAAGUCGGGCUUUACGCACGUGGAUCUAGACGAGGUGUCGCCGCAUGUCGAUACGUUGUUGCGGGUGUUCCAGCACCCCAGCGCUGCAGCAGGUCGUGAUGCCAUCUUAGUGCACGAAGUUGCGCCCAGCUGGCAGAGUCUGGACGAACAAGACGUGUUCAUCCUGGACAAGGGAGACAAGAUAUACGUGUGGCAGGGCAAGCAGUGCGCGCCGAUGGAGAAGCUGAAAGCAGCGCAGGUGGUGCACGAUCUGACGAUUGCGAAACAUGUCGAUGUGGAGGUUCUUGCGCAGACGGAGCCACGGUCCAAAGUUGUGGUUGACUACCUGGGUGGUCACGACGUUGAUUUGUUCAGCAUGCAGUUUCAUGCUCCACGGCCUGUAUCGGCGGCUACAGAGAGGGAGGUGAAGAAAUUGUUCCGGCUUAGCGAUGCGGGUGGGGAUAUGGCGUUUGAUCUGGUGAAAGAGGGGAAUGGUAUCGGGAAGGAGGAUCUGCAUGGCGACGAUGUCUUUCUGCUGGAUUCGGGGAAGGGCAUAUGGAUUUGGGAAGGACGAGGAGCAAGUAGAGCGGAGAAGGCGAUGUGGUUGCAGGUAGUACAGAGAUACAUCAGCUGGCAGCAAGAUGCGGCAGAUCUAAGUGUCGCCAAGGUCAAGCAAGGCAACGAAGGACGGGCGUUCUGGACUGCUGUUGAGGCGUGA